AUGCGCCGCCAUUUUCGCAAGUCAUCUGGAGAAGGAUCAAAGAAACAACACCAUCACCACCACGCAGAGCGCCAAUCCUCCUCUCAGACCUCUCAGACCUCGCAGCCAGCGCCGCCCAAGCUCCAGCGUACCAGCACCGCGCCCGAGGCACCGCCGUCGUUGUUGCGCCUGCCCUCGACGAGCUCCACUGCGCCCUCAGCGUCUUCACGGUCGCGACGCACCACCAACCCCUCCACACCCACGGCACCCUACUCGGCCUCUGCAGCGACCUCGCCCUCGUACUUUUCCCCACAGCCCCAGGCCACACCAGCCCAGAGCCCCCGCUCGCCGCCGCCGGGGACGAGACGACCGCCAGCGUCCCACAGUGGCCAUGGCAUAGACAACUCACGUGGACCGCCCGUCACACUGCUCACACGCGGCAACUCGGACAUUGCGCGCCGCAGCACCCAAAACCCGGCCGAUUUUGCAUUUGCCCAGCAGCAAUUCGUGCAGCUCGGGCUGGUCCCAUCCAGUGGCAGUGGAAGUGGAAGUAGCUCGCAGAAGCAGAGGUCGACCCGACGGCGAGAGUCUGUAGCUGCGAGCGACGCCCCGCAAACACAACAACAACAACCACAACCACAACAACAGCAAGCAAACACGCCCGCCCCCGCCGUGACUCGACGAAACUCGACAAGCAGCUCUCGGCCCGCGCAACCCAUGGCGAGCUCCAUGUACCAGUCGUCCAAGUACGAGCCAGGCCCGCGCGGCCAGUUGCGAGACCCCAGGCAUGACGACGAGGACAGCUCAAGUACAGAUGGCGAGCAGACGGAAGACCUCUUCAUGAAGGUCGCCGCAGACAGCGCGCCCAGGCCGCGUCCAGUGGAUCCAACAGCUCGCAUGGACAGACUAAAAUCACGAUUGGCCCGAGUCAAUGGACGACAGUCCCUCCCAUCCGCUCCCUCGCCUGUAUACACCCCCUCUACCACACCCAUCACAACCCGGAUACCCACCUCAGCCGAGCCCCGGUCCAGCGGCCAGCGCCGCGCAUCGCACCUGCCCACCUCGUCCAGAAAUAUACCAGAGCGAUCUUCGCCCUCGCCAGCCCUUUCCACUCCCCGGACGCGCCCUCCUGAACUAUCUCACAAGGCCUCGUUCUCGUCACGGAAAGACACGGAGCUCUCCCCGCGCGACUUCCUCGCCCAAUUCCAACGCCGGCCAUCGCAACCAGACACGCUUCUCACACCCCCUGCUCGGACAGGAACCUACCGGCCCUCCAACCUAAACUACUCGUCUUCCCGUGAUGACUCUAGGACACCCCACAUGGAGCCAGCGUAUGAGACGGCAUCUCGCGCUGACGGUACCGAGUCCCAUGGUUCCACGGGACCGGCAGCCUCGGUAUGGGACGAACUCGACGAGCUCAAAACGCGCAUUCGAAAGAUUGAGAAGAUGGGAGGCAAGAUCCCGGCCACUUCCAACGCCAUCAUGUCUCAAGCGGCAGCCGAUCGCCCUCGAACCGCAAACACGUCAGCCACAACAGUCUCAUCGUCCCCGAAGCAGCAGCGCAAAUCCAACAUAUCUCCCCCUGAGUCAGCAGUCGAGACCCAGACGCCCACGGGCAUCAGGAUUCAUCCUUUGCUGCGUGAAGCGCUUGCAAAGGCGAAACAUCACAUUUUGCCUUCUGUGUACCGUGCAUUGGAAGCAACAGCAUCCGAGGCACUUACAUUGGCGGAAAUGACUGGCAGUGCAGGACCCCAGGGCACAUUCCACUCCGCCAGUUCCAUUCUUGGUAGCACCGGUACGUCCGAUCGCCAGGUUCGCCGCAAAGCCGACAAUAUCUGCCGCAGCUUGACAGAACUCUGCAUAGCCAUGUGCGACAACAACAAGACAGAUCUUGCGAGUCCGGCCUUGAGAACGUCUGCAGCUACAGUAUCACGCCGGCCAAGUGUGCAGAUUAACGGGGAUUCACCGACCGUUCGGCAGAGCAUAGAACCCGAGAGCAACACAAUAUCAGGUGUCAGCCCCAGCAGAGCGCUUUCGCGAAUCGAGGCGCGAAGGUCGAGUAUGCUCGCUGGCGACGUGAACGGGAGCCAACGAGACCGCAACCAAGCCUUUGACGACAGAGAAACCCCAUCACGGCUGCAACGCGCUGGCACAAGCUUCCAUCGGACUCGUGAAAGUAUGAAUGAUGACGAAGAAUAUGACCCAACACUACGAGCCCCUUCCCGCGCCAUGAGCGAUUUCAGAUCCGUUCGCUCUUUAGGGGAAAAUAGGUACAGCAGCGGCAGGCAAUACACUUCACGGGAGCCCAUGCCUGAGCUGCAACCGUCGCCUGCGCUUCAACCCACACCACUAGCUCGUCGACCCACAGUGACAGGUGUCACGAACGAGAACAGUUUACUCUACAGAGACGGCCCUAGACGCUACGACUUCCGCGAAAGCUCCCCUGCCUACGAAAAGCAGAUGUCGGGUGGUUUGCGAGCCCAAGCACAAUUUAGCGCUGCUCGUAACCCCAACAGAAAUUCGAUUGGCGGCAUAGCUGAUCUUGGCCGCAGCGUGAGCCUGGGAAGGAGGAUGAGGGGAUCAAGUACUGGAGAGUGA